AUGAUGUUUCGAGUUUCAAAGAGACAUCUCUGUUUCCCUUUCUCAGCAUUCACGAAGAGAUUCUCCUCAUUUCAAUCUACUAAAUCGGUGAUUGAUAGAGCGGCGGUCGAUGGGGAGCUGAGGGUUUUCAUCGUCUCCGGCGAGGUAUCCGGCGAUAACAUCGGCUCUCGUCUUAUGGCUUCGCUCAGAAAGCUGUCUCCUUUACCCCUCCGUUUCCAUGGAAUUGGAGGAUCCUUGAUGUGCAAGCAAGGAAUGACUUCGUUGUUUCCUAUGGAGGAUUUGGCAGUAAUGGGUGUGUGGGAGCUCUUGCCGCAUCUCUAUAAACUCCGUGUGAAGUUGAAGCAGACCAUUGAUGCUGCCACUAAGUUCAAGCCACACGUUGUUGUGACGGUUGAUUCAAAGGGCUUCUCUUUCCGUCUACUUAAGGAGUUACGAGCUAGAUACAAUCAGCAGUGCUUGGAAAAUUGUCCUGUACAUUUUCACUAUGUUGCACCUUCAUUCUGGGCAUGGAGAGGAGGAGCAUCAAGACUUGGAGGCCUGUCUGAAUUCGUUGAUCAUCUUUUCUGCAUUCUUCCAAACGAGGAAAAGGUUUGUAGGGAGUAUGGGGUGGAAGCAACCUUUGUUGGACAUCCCGUUCUCGAGGACGCUUCUGAGUUCAACCUUGUGAGGAUGUGCAAGCCUCAGGAAUUGAAGCUUGAAGGCUUGUAUAUUAGCAAAUACUCACUACCUUCUGAUUCCACGGUCAUUUCUGUCCUACCUGGGAGCAGAUUACAAGAAGUUGAAAGAAUGCUACCCAUAUUUUCCAAAGCAAUGAAGCUACUCAAAGAGCCAUUUCCAAAACUAGCAACGCUCAUCCACGUCGCAUCCAAUAGUCAAGUGGAUAAUUACAUUGGAGGAUCCCUCUGUGAGUGGCCAGUUCCAGCAAUACUAGUCCCGAGUGGAUCCACUCGGCUUAAAUAUGAUGCCUUUGGCGCGAGUCAGGUUGCGUUAUGCACUUCAGGAACAGUUGCUAUUGAGUUGCAGCUUGCUCAUCUACCUUCGCUUGUCGCUUACCGAGCACAUUUUCUAACAGAGCUAUUAAUCCGUUACAAAGCCAAGAUACCUUACAUUUCUCUACCAAACAUUCUCUUAGACUCCCCAAUCAUUCCCGAAGCUUUAUUUCAAGCCUGCAACCCUUCAAAUCUCGCCUCGAUACUAGAGAAGCUUAUUUUGGAUGAAAAGAUGAGAGAAAAACAAGUUGUUGCUGCUGAAAAGUUGACACGGCUCUUGCAUCCGUCAGAAAGCGGAAUUUGUAACUUUAUUCGUUGCAGUGAUUUGGGAUCUCAUCGAUAUACGCCAAGCGUUUUAGCAGCUUCGACUAUUCUUAGUUAUGCCAAGCGUUGA